AUGGCGCAGGUCAAGGGGGCGAUAGGUCAGAACCUGUCAACUGAGGAGGCAAUCGCGAUUACGUGCCUAGCGACGGCUGGUAUCUAUAACGCCCUCGAGUUAUACGUCCUAAUCUUUGCGAGAUUUCGCCGACGAAGCGGACGAUACUUCUGGAGCAUGCUAGUUGCCAACACCGGCAUCCUGCUUCAUGCGUGUGGCGGCCUGGGUCGGUUUAUGCAGCCGACGAAAACGGUGAUACCGGGGAUAUUCGCCCAUAUUGGCUGGUACUGCAUGGUCACGGGCCAGUCCGUCGUAUUGUGGUCACGAUUGCAUCUCGUCGUUUACAAUCGCAUCACUAUCCGGUUGGUGUUAGCGUUGAUAAUAACGUCCUUCUUCUGCGUUCACAUUCCGCAGACGGUCCUCUUCGCUGGAGUCUGGGCAGGCAAUAGCCCAGUCUGGGACACCCGCUUCAAGAUAUUCGAAAAGGCAUCUUUGAUGGUGUUUACUCUGCAGGAAAUGAUCAUCACCGGAAUCUUCGUCAGGGCCGGAUUUCGAAACUUCAAAAGCCUCUUCGAGUUCAAGGCGCAGGAGGCAAAGGUCCUGCUCAGCUUCCUCAUCAGUAUGUUCGUGUUGGUGUUCCUCCUCGACACCGGGCUCGUCAUUCUGGAGUACACGGGCUAUUUCGUCUUUCAGACAACUAGCAAACCCAUCGUCUACAGCAUCAAGUUGAAAGUUGAAUUCGCGGUUCUGGAAAAGCUUCUGGCAUUCACACGGAUGAAGCAGUGCGACUGCCAUCAGCUGGAGGACAUCCCGAAGGAUGCAACCAAGUCUUUCGCCAACAAUGCUACACUCGCUACCACGAUGAACACGAUACCUUGA